AGGUCAUGGAGAGCGCCAACCAGCCGGUGUCCCAGGAGCUGCGCGACCUGGCAAAAUCCGGGGGCGGCGGCGGCGGCGGGCACCGAGGCCGCGGCGGGGGCGGCGGCGGCGGCGGCGGCGGCGGCUGGGGCGGCGGAGGCGCGCUGGCGCCGCCGCCGAGCCCCAGGAGGAGGUGGUGAGCUGCCCCUCCGCGGGGGGGUGCAGGGCGCGCGGCGCCGCGGGGCGGGGCCGCUGCGGGGCGGCGCCUCCGGACGGCCCCGCUGGACGGCACUCGUCGCUGGGCUUCGGGGCGCCCCCGGCGCCGGCCCGCGGCAGUGCGGCGACGAUGGGGGCGCAGGCAAAGGGGGCGGGGCCAUUGGGCGCUGCUCGAAUGUUUUGCUGCUACGAUUCUCC